AUGCUGGAUUGGCCUUUGAAGGAUGAAUAUGAAAGGUUCAAGACCAUUAUUGCAAAUUCAGGGUUGGCUGAUGCUGCAGAGAACUCAAUGUUGGAACAUGACCGGGUGGCUAUAUCGGCGUUUGUGGAGAGACUUUAUCCUGAGACCGACACCUUCCAUAUGUCGUUUGGGGAGAUGACGAUUACCCCAGAUGAUGUUGUGCAGAUUGUUAGACUCCCUGUCCAUGGCAAAGGUGUUAGGGCUGAGUUCACAAAGCAGUUGGAAUGGACCAAACUUUAUGAUCUAACUAAAAAGUGUUUGUGUUGGGAUGAAGAAACAUCUACAACCGAGUUCAAGAGAUGCAUGAAGUAUAGAACUAGACAGUUCAACAUUAGUACUCUGAUGGAUAUGUUCAACGGAACCAAGGAAAAACAAGAGAAAGGAACUUUAACCGAUGAGCAAGUCAAACACGCGGACACCGCAUAUCUCCUAUGUGUAUUGGGAUGUGUCAUUUUCCCCAAUACCAGUGGAAAUCGGGUAGACACCAACCUUUUACAACUUCUGGAUCCUCUCGAGAAAGUGCAUGAGUACUCUUGGGGCACGACAUGCCAUGCGUGGUUGAUGGAAGAGUUGAGAAAGACGUCGAGGGUUGGAAUUAUCCAAGUGGCCAGGAACGUGAGUCUACUACAGGUAUCGUUUAUUAACUUUACAUAG